AUGACUAAAACGAAAAUAAAUGCUGACUUAAUAAAGGAGAGGAGUAAAUGCACGUUCAAUAUCACGGAAUUAACGAAUUUAAUAGACGGCGGAGCUCAUUUGACCGAGGAAAGAAAAAAAAGAGAAGAGAAAGUACUGAAAGAAGGAAUCCAUAUCGAUCAAGUUCCAUCAGAAUACUUAAGCCACAAAGAGAAAUAUGAACUGGCUAUCAAAAAGGCAUCAUUAAUGUUUAAAUUACUCAGAAAAUGGCAAGAGGAGGAGAACACAGGAAUGGAAAAUUACAGGGCUGUGCUCGGUGGUGCUCUUGGAUCAGCAAUCCUAGAAGAUGGCUCUCCUCUCACCCUGCACUAUGUGAUGUUUAUACCAACAUUGAUGGGGCAAGGAACAGUAGAACAACAAGCAUAUUGGAUAGGAAGAGCAUUCAAUGUAGACAUCAUUGGAACUUAUGCACAGACCGAGCUGGGUCACGGUACUUUCGUCCGUGGUCUUGAGACAACAGCAACAUACGACCCCAAGACUAAAGAGUUUGUACUACACAGUCCAUCUUUAACUGCAUAUAAAUGGUGGCCAGGAGGAUUGGCUCACACGGCCAACUAUUGUAUCGUGAUGGCUCAGCUGUACACCGCCGGGAAAUGCCACGGCAUCCACGCCUUCAUCGUUCAGUUACGCGACGAAGAGACUCAUAUGCCUUUGCCAGGUAUAAAAGUCGGCGAAAUCGGUGCGAAACUUGGUAUGAACGGAACGAAUAAUGGAUUCUUGGGCUUAGAACACGUGAGGAUCCCUAGAGAGCAUAUGCUGAUGAAGAACGCUAAAGUUUUAGAGGACGGUACGUACGUUAAUUCGCCUAGCUCGAAGCUGACGUACGGAACGAUGAUGUUCGUGCGCGUUGUUCUCGUGAACGACAUGUGCAAUUAUAUGGCUAAAGCUGUCACGACCGCGACCAGGUAUUCGGCGGUCAGACAUCAGUCGCAACCAAAACCCGACGAACCUGAACCACAAAUAUUGGAUUACGUAACGCAACAACACAAAUUAUUCGUCGGUAUAGCUUCGGUGCACGCCUUCAAGCUCAGCGCCAACUGGCUGUGGAACAUGUACAACAACGUCACCGCUGAACUCGAGUCGGGAGAUAUGGAGAGGCUGCCAGAGCUGCACGCGUUGUCGUGCUGCCUGAAGGCGGUGAGCACGGCGGACGCGGCGCAGUGCGUGGAGCGGUGCCGGCUGGCGUGCGGCGGCCACGGCUACAUGCUGUCCUCCAACCUGCCCACCAGCUACGGGCUGGUCACGGCCGCUUGCACGUACGAGGGCGAGAACACCGUGCUACUGCUGCAGACCGCCAGGUACCUGGUGAAGGCGUGGCAGCAGGCGGCGGGCGCGUCGCAGCUCACGCCGACCGUGGCGUACAUCCGCCGCGUGACGUCGGGCCGCCGCGCGCCGCCCUUCGACUCGUCGCUCACCGGACUCAUCGACGCCUUCCACACGGUCGCCGCGGGUAAAAUAGGCCUUUGCGUGGCGAACAUAGAAAAACGUCAAAAGGAAGGCUUGUCGUACGAGGACGCUUGGAACAUGACGUCGGUUCAACUCACGCAGGCCUCUGAGGCUCAUUGUCGCGCCAUAUUACUGUUGACUUACCACGAACAAACCGAGAUGCAAUGUAAGAACGCUUCGCCGGAACUACGCGAGGUGCUCUCGCAACUGGUCGACCUGUACGUCGUGUACUGGACCUUACAAUGCGUCGGGGAUCUCUUGAGGUUCACAUCGAUAUCGGAACGUGAUAUUGAACGAUUGCAGCGCUGGUACGAAGAUUUACUGUCGAAACUGAGGCCGAACGCUGUUGGACUCGUUGACGCUUUCGACAUACGCGACGAGAUUUUGCAUUCAGCAUUAGGCGCGUACGACGGGCGCGUGUACGAGCGCCUGAUGGAGGAGGCGCUGAAGAGUCCCCUCAACGCGGAGCCCGUCAACAGAUCCUUCCACCAGUACCUCAAACCUCUCAUGCAGGGAAAACUUUAAUAAGCCAAUCUUUACUACACUGUGAUACUCAAAAGACUAAAUCAAACAAACGCUCUCAGAACAUUGUCGUUAUAAAUACAGCUAGUACAAAAUGAUUACCAAUAAAUGACUACUCUAACAAAUGAAUAUAAAAUUAAUUUACAUUGCUGCGUACGGAAGUCUUAAUAGAUUAACGAAAUUUACUGAGACAUUAUUUCAUCUCAUCUCGUUUUAAUUUCAUUCAUGCGGGCGCUUUAUACGCAUUUGCCUACAACCCGGAAACAAUUUACCGUGUUUGUUAUUUAUAGAGGCGACUAUCAUAUCUUUAUACUUAUAAGCGGAAUAUAAAAUAACUUUGUCGCGAUCGCACGAACACUGUGGAACACAGCUACUUGCGUAAGCUGCUAAUUGUCUUACAUCGCGUGCAAUACUAGACGCGUUAGUAAAAUAAAGACAUUAUUCUGUAUUAUCGUUUUAGAAAAAUUCUAAUUCUGCAUAUUUCCGCCGUGAAGCAGUAAUGCGUUUCGGUUUGAAGGGUGGGGCAGCCGUUGUAACUAUUAUGAGACAUUUGAACAUAUAUCUCAAA